AUGCCGCAAAAGGUCUUUAUCACGGGCGCCACGGGCUUCAUCGGCCGCAUUGUCACCGAACUGGCCGUCAAGGAAGGCUACGAUGUCCGCGGUCUCUCUCGCCGUGAGGAAGGCGACGCACUUCUCAAGACUCUCGGCGCAACCCCGGUGCGCGGCGACCUCCAAAACACCGAGCUCCUCACAGAAGAGAGCAAAAACGCUGACAUCGUACUCCACCUCGCUUUCGACCAUGACUUCUCCAAGCCCUACGUCGACCUCAUUGCUCUUGUCAUCAGCUCUGUGAGCGCCCUCGCCAAAGGCCUGGAGGGAACCAACAAGCCCCUCGUCGUCACCAACGGCACAGCCGGUAUCCAGCCUGAUCCCAACGGCAGCGAAACCGACGAGACAGCCCCAAUCGCAGAGUUCGGCUUUGGAAACCGCCAGACCGCUGAGGAUCAUGCCCUCAAACUUGUGGAGAAGGGCGUCCGUAUAAUCUCAAUCCGUCUCCCUCAAUAUGUCUACGGACGCGGUAACCGCACCGGCUUUGCAGCGCAGCUACUUAAGCUUGCUAUCGACGCGGGCGAGUCCGUCUACAUUGGUGAUGGGGAGUACUGCUUCUCGGACGUCUACGUCGAUGACGCUGCGCAGCUGUACCUCCUCGCGGCUCAGAAGGGCAAGGCUGGCGAGAUCUUCAACGGCACCGGCAACACCACCAUCACAUACAAGGCCAUGGCCACUGCGAUCAGCGAGGCCGUCCAAGUCCCCACUAAGUCUAUUACCAAGGAAGAAGCCGUUCAGCGGUGGGGUCCAUUUUUGGCUGCAUCCUUUGGCAUCAGGAACCGUGCAAGCAAUAAGAAGGCUGUUGAGACCUUUGGUUGGAAGCCCGUUGGACCAGGAUUGCUUUGGGAAAUCCGCUCUGGGAGCUAUGUGCCGGUUGCGGAAGAGUUUAGGAAGGCAAAGGAUGCUGCUGGGCUUUAG